AUGGCAACAUCAACAAAACAGCCAUGUGUCAAAUGCAGUAGUGGAAAAACUAGUGGUAUAUUUACAUGUUCGGGGUGUCAAAUGCUAUUUUGUCCAAAGCAUUCAAACGAACAUCGGCAAGAACUAGCAAAAGAGUUGGAUAAUGUCAUAUACAAGCAUGAUUCAUUGAAACAACAACUAACAAUGGAAACAUCUGCAACGCCAGCUGGUGGUCAUCCAUUGCUGAGACAGAUUCAACAAUGGGAACAGGAGUCCAUAGAAAAAAUACGAAUGAUAGCUCAGAAAGCUCGAGACGAAGUUGAUAGGCUAGUCAAUAAAAAUAAAGAAGACAUACUGAAACAAUUCCAUUUAAUAACAACACAAUUACAACAUGCAAGGCAAGAAGACGAUUUUGUUGAAACAGAUUUAGAUAGGUGGAUGAAACAAUUGCACAAACUCAAAAGUGACUUAAAUUUAUCAUCAGCUGACGGUAUUAUCGACACAGAUCCAUCAUUAUCAAUCUCAAUGAUCAAUGUCAAACGAUAUUCCAAUGACAGAAAACCUGGUAAAUUAUCGAAUGCUUUUGCAACUUAUAAGAUUGUACGUUGCAAAGUACUUAUACCAAAUGGAUAUCAUGGUCUGAACUGGGAAAACGUCCGUUGGAUGGAAAAGAACUUUGCAACGGGGUAUUUCUUUGGCAUGGAUGAAUCUGGUUUGACUCAUCACAUUGCUACUAAUAACAGUGGUAAUGACAUGACAAUAAGUUCUGGUCAUCGAACAUUUGACAUGUAUUCAUUUGAAGCCAGUGCUGGUAGAAAUAACAAUUUACAAUUGACUAUAUUUGGUUUCUGUAAUGGAUCCGAAAUAUACAAGAAAACGGUUACAUUGCAAUUCAAACAAUUUCAGUUGAUCGAGUUAAAUUGGGCCACCGUCGAUAAAAUUCAUUUUCAUUCAUCUGGUGGUACACCCCAUCCUGGAAGGCGGAGUAGCGAAGAUAUUAUUUUAAAACGCAUAAAUGUAGCAUAA